CAUAUGAGAGCCAGAAGUGAGUACACGGGGGUGACGAGGAGGUGGGCAUGAGCAGUAGAGGGAACGGAGCAGCCGCCGAAAGCGUAAAGAGAGCCAUAAUUCGCCGGGCCGCCCUGCAAUCAGGGAGGAAAAGCGUAUGGCCUGAAAAUAGAAGACGAAAACAAAAAAAGAGAAAGAAAUGAAUACCAAGAACUGAAGAAGAGCCGGAAAAGGAAUGGCUCAUUUUUCGGCAGUAAAUGUCGGACUGACGCGUCGACCGCGACGCAGAAGGGCAGAAGGUGCAAGCACUUCGGUAUGCGCGAAAAAGUGAUAUACACUGACGUCUCCGAGGAAGAGUUGGAUAUUAAGAGGGAGAGAGAAAAAAAGAGAAAAUUCAUUUCUCUUGUGGGUUUACAAACCAGAAAUCGGGAUAACGUAAUGCAAAUAGUUCCUCGAGAAAUUUACGAAUACGGAUUAAGCGAAAAAUUAAAUAAUCAAAAUAAAGAAAAGAAUAGCCAAUUACUUUAAUAUCGGGGAACUAUUCAGCAGAUACUAUUCUCGUAUUACAACAUCUGAUACUAUUUGAUACUGUCAAACUAAAGAAGAAAUAUCCAAGAAGUUCAAUGUAGGAAAUCUAUGAGGACUUUCAGAAACAGUAGAGGACGCCAACCGCGAAUCACCAAAAUAAGCAAUAGCGCUCGCGCCAAGUACAUAUAGCGACACAAUCAUUUUGUGGUCUCAGUCCGACGUUUUACCGCGCGCUUCCAGGUGCCACCUCUAUCAUGACACCAAUACUAUGAAAUUCUUCAACGUGGUGUACGCGAAGUUUCCCCUAUACCUACUUUUAUUUGGACGCUUAGCUUUCAUUUGUUGGCUUUCACUUUUGACAACGCUAUUGCGUAAGAGUUUUGUGACUUGAAGCAUCGAACAAUUGCACUACGAUCUGGUCACUCGCCCGGUAUCGUGAUCUUAGCGUAAAUUCGUGUGCGACCGAAGAAUCGAAGACGUUUACAGAAUAAAGAACGGAAGCUAAGAGACUCAGAAGGUGAAGUGGUGUCCGAGGGUGGAAGUAUCGAGGAGUGAGCACGAUAGCACCUCGUGUAGUGAGUCUCAAGGGGACGGACGCCAUGGCGGCUUCUUCGUCCUCAUCGACGGGUGGAGAGCAGCAAUACUCGCUAAGGUGGAACGACUUUCAAUCGAGCAUUCUCAGUUCCGUGCGCCAAUUGAGAGAUGUAGAGGACUUUGUUGAUGUCACGCUUGCCUGCGACAGCUGCAGCUUUACCGCACACAAAAUUGUUCUUUCGGCAUGCAGUCCAUACCUCCGAAAUCUGCUCAAGGCAAAUCCGUGUCCACAUCCGAUUGUCAUCCUGAAGGAUGUUGCAUCGUCAGACAUGGAAUCCUUGCUGCGAUUUAUGUAUCACGGGGAAGUACACGUAGGCCAGGAGCAGCUACCUGCCUUCUUAAAGACAGCACAGAUGCUUCAAGUACGGGGUUUGGCGGACGUUAAUAGCGGCGCCACGAAAAUUCCGUCGUCGGCCGGCAACAACGGUAGCGCACCUGCAACGCCACGUAAUUGGCAAGAUAAUGGCAGAGGAGAUCUCAAUGAAAGCGACAUGAGUCCGCCGGAAAAACGACCGAGAAGUUACUCCCCGCCAAUGGGCAAUCAUGUCGAACAGAAAACGGAUCUUCAGGAAUCCUUGUUAGGUCAAGCACUCGAAGGUGGUCCCACGAUACACACGACAUCUUCAAAUAAUGUACAGGCGCAAUCGACAGGAGAAGAUUCAAACUCUAUGUCGGAAAAUGAGGAAGAUAUGUCGAAUCACGGCAGCAUCCUAAAUGCCGUGAAGACUGAACCAAGCGACAAUAUGCUAAAUGACUCCAUAGAACACCAUCGUAACAGUUUUCCUGCAGCAUUAUUGAGUCUUCAAGGGAUGAACAUGCCAGGACCAUCCGGUAUGCAUCAAGUAGCCAAUCAGGAUCCAAAUUAUGUCACUCGACGAAGUCUGGAUAUGAUACGAGUGCGUGCCACGGAUCCUAGGCCUUGUCCGAAGUGUGGGAAGAUGUAUCGUUCAGCACAUACAUUACGUACUCAUUUGGAGGACAAGCACACAGUCUGUCCAGGAUAUCGCUGUGUUCUAUGCGGUACAGUAGCUAAAUCUCGGAAUUCUUUACACUCGCAUAUGUCGCGACAACAUCGCGGCAUCAGCACGAAAGAUCUUCCGGUUAUGCCAAUGCCUAGUCCAUUUGAUCCCGACUUGGCGUCUCGUCUUUUGGCUAAGGCUGGUGUUAAGGUGAGUCCGGCUGAACUCCGCGCGCGAGCCAGUCCGACAGCACCUCGAAGAAGUGAUAUGAGGUUGGAACCACCUCGCGGAGGUGCUCCAUCCGAAGCUGAUAGCGGUGAUGAUCCCGAAGAUCUCACCGUACCUCUAAGCUUUAGAUAUGGUUCACCAGCGCCGAACACCGUUAUUACUAAGGUAAGCGGUAACAGCAACAGUAGCAGCAAUAGCAAGAAUUCGGCAACGACGGUGAUCGCUGCCAAAUCUCUGGAUACUAUGCACGGUAAUCGCGAGCCCAACAUGGCACCACUGCCACAUGGUGGUCAUCAUCCAGGCCAUAAUACUAGCGCAAUUGCCGGUUCGGCAAUCUUGGACACUUAUUUGCAGCUUAUCGCAGAGAAUUCAGGUUUAUCGACGAGUUUAGGCCUCGGUCCGGCGGAUCAUGCGGCUGUUGUAGCUCAUGCUGCUAAAAUGCAUAUGAGUGCUAUGGAGAAGCAUAGCGGCCGCAGCAUUAUAGCGGAGGAUUAUCCUAUGAUUGGUAGAGAUGAGGGUCGAGGUUCUGGUGUCAUUCACGAGGAUAGACAGGAACACGACAGGCACAGCGGGCUUGUGGAUGAAGCGGAAUUGUCAGGUGCGGAUGACGAUGAAUUUAGCGAGAACGAGGAGUCAGAAGCGAAAGAAUAAGUUCUUCCUCCUCAUUAGAAUAGUUAUAACAAAUCAGAUGAUUAGCAAAGCGCAUUUCCUCGACUAUUCCUUAUUAAGAUAGUCCUCGAAUCGCGACAACGUGAAUUGGCGACUCACGACUUUUCUAAUGAACAAAAGGAAGGUAAUAUGUGCCACAGAUCGUCUAUCCGUGAAAUCGACGAUUUUUAUUUCUUAUUACACGCUAUUAUAGCGCGGAAUGGUUUGUGAAGUCUAUUGGAUGUCGGACAAGUUUAAUAUUCAAGAAGUCUGUCAACUAUUUUGACGCCAAGUGUACAGACGUGCAUAAAUAAGCUUGUUGAACUAGGGUCACUUAAUUGCUACUAUGGCGAAUAAACGCAUACGUGUAUGCAAACACAUACAUGUACAUAUGCAAAUACAUACACAUACAAAUACAUACACAGGCGUAUGUGAGCGAUAUAGAACGCCCAUAUACGCCACAAAUAUUCCAUCCAUCUACCUCAGUGCACAUUAUAGAUGAUAGAACAGGCUAAGUCGAAUCUCAGUAGAUAAAGAGAAGAUGAAAUACCCCGCAGGAUCGCAGAACAAUAAUAAUCGCAUAAUUUGACGAUAUAGCUAUAAGUUUGAAUAUCAAAUAUGAUGGAUUUAGAAAGGUGAUGUUACUGUUUAUUUUCUGAAAAUUAAAACGAUUUAAAAAUUCAAAUGCGCUAAUUAAUAAUAUUAUUAUUGUAUCGUCAUUAUUAUAUGAAUGUUGAUUAUAUGGUAGAAAUAUCAUUUAGAUUUAUAGAAAAAAUUAGACACACACACACACACACACACA